AACUCGUCUCCCUCUUUUCCACUUCCUCUCUCUCAUUACCCGGAAAGUUACAUACCUUAUACUCACACCUCUCUCUCUCUAAAGUUAAGAAAAAACUUCAAGAACUAGAGAGAGAAAGUGUGUGUGAGAGAGAGAGGAAGAAAGGGUUAGAUUAAAAUGAAUGGUGGAGAUAUGAAUCAGCAACAGCAACAACAACAACAACAGCAACAACAACAGCAGUGGGUUGCGAUGCAGCAGUAUCAGCAACAAUGGAUGGCGAUGCAGUAUCCAGCAGCAGCAAUGGCGAUGCAACAGCAGAUGAUGUAUGGACAACAAUACAUGCCUUAUUACCAUCAACAGCAACAGAAGCAGCCUACCCCUCAGAUUCAAAGCUCAUCUGAAGAUAACAAAACUGUCUGGAUUGGUGAUCUUCAACAAUGGAUGGAUGAAAGUUAUCUUCAUUCUUGCUUUUCUCAAGCUGGAGAGGUUAUUUCUGUGAAAAUUAUUCGAAAUAAGCAAACUGGUCAAUCAGAGCGUUACGGAUUUGUUGAGUUCAAUACUCAUGCCGCAGCAGAGAAAGUGCUACAGAGCUACAAUGGCGCUAUGAUGCCAAAUGCGGAGCAGCCUUUCCGCUUAAAUUGGGCAGCCUUCAGCGCUGGUGAAAAGCGUGCAGAGACUGGUUCUGAUUUCUCGAUUUUUGUAGGAGAUUUGGCUUCUGAUGUUACUGACACAAUGUUACGUGACACAUUCGCAAGUAGAUAUCCAUCUCUUAAAGGUGCAAAAGUAGUAGUAGAUGCAAACACAGGCCACUCGAAAGGCUAUGGCUUUGUAAGGUUUGGUGAUGAAAGCGAGAGGUCUCGGGCCAUGACUGAAAUGAAUGGUCAAUAUUGUUCCAGCAGGCCCAUGCGUGUUGGUGUUGCUACCCCAAAGAAACCAUCAGCUCAGCAACAAUUUUCUUCCCAAGCUGUGAUAUUAUCUGGUGGAUAUGCAUCAAAUGGUGCUGCAACCCAUGGAUCCCAGUCUGAUGGCGAUUCAUCAAACACUACAAUUUUUGUUGGAGGACUUGAUUCUGAAGUCACUGACGAGGAACUGAGGCAGUCCUUUAAUCAGUUUGGGGAAGUGGUCUCUGUGAAGAUACCUGCCGGAAAAGGAUGUGGUUUUGUACAAUUUUCUGAAAGGAGCUCUGCUCAGGAAGCCAUACAAAAAUUAAGUGGAGCAGUAAUUGGCAAGCAGGCAGUUCGUCUUUCCUGGGGGCGAAGUCCCGCAAACAAGCAGAUGAGAACUGAUUCUGGUAAUCAGUGGAAUGGGGGCGGCUAUUAUGGAAGGCAAAAUUAUGGAGGAUAUGGAUAUGGCGCAUCACAAAAUCAGGAUUCUGGCAUGUAUGCUGCUGGAGCAGCUUAUGGAGCAUCCUCUAAUGGCUAUGGUAAUCACCAACAGCCUGUUAGCUGAGCUCUAACGGACUCUGCUGCUAAUUGAGAGAUUGCCAAAACACUCUUUUUCUCUUUUGGGGGGGUUCAAAUUUAAGUUUACUUAAAAAGAUUAAAAGCAUAGAGUUUGAUGAGAAUUUUGUAGCUGGAUUUAUUUUAUGCAUAGUGAGUCCAAGAUAUGUGAAACUUAUACCUACUAGAGAUUUUGAGUUAUAAUGAUUGGUGAACUUAUUUCGAA